UGAAUGCAUUAGCAUACCUGCCUAUCUGCAGGAACUAAUAACUGCUAUGCCAAAAUCUACAUUAUUCAAUUCAAAAGUAUUACGAUCUUCUUAUUUAUCUUCCUGGAAUGACAUGAACUUAAGUUCCAUCGCCCAGACCAGAGUAUGAAAUCGUUUAUUUUCCUUUACAAUUGGACAAUGAAUGCCAUAUAACGGAAACCUGGAUCCAUAGUUGCGUGAGCAAGCGAAGGGCUCUUCACCAUGACGAAGAUAGGACUGGUCACGACGACUUUGAUGCUGAUAAUAAUAGGAUGCGGGGCUUCAUACAGGCCGGGAGAUGUUGUUCCCAUGAGCAGAAUGGGUCAAUACCACGCGAUGCGAACCAAUUGGCACGAUGUUCUGGGUCAUCACUGCCCGAUUUUCGGUGUGAAUAGAGAGGUUUUUCUGCCAAUCCCCAAGCCUACAGGCUACACUGGGGCAGAUGCAUUCAAAAUAUCAUUCCAAGUUGGAAGGGAGAAAUUUCUUAUUCCAUGGUUAUUGGUGAUUAAUCGUAAAAGCCCUGAACUUCCAAUGAUUGAUAUACAUUUGAGAUACUCUGGUGCUGAUAUCCAUGGUGUGACUGCAAAAGUUGUGAAUAUGCCUCAUCAUUAUAUGGAAACUCACGAAACUGUGGCGAAGGAUUUUUGGGAUCCAGAAUCUUGGCCAAAGCGUAUAGUUGUGAGAUACUUUUGGGAGGAGAGGUCGGAGAUUGAUGUGUCAGGAGGAUUUUAUGUGCUUUUUGGAGCAGGUUUUCUUUUAACACUUGUCAUGGCAAUCUACAUUCUGCAAUCUUCACAAGAGAAGUUUGUAAGGUUUGUGAGGGAGAACGUUGGGGAGAGUCCUUUACAUGCAGAGGAGGCUAAAGUUGAAUAAGAGAUAGCUAAAUAUGAAAACGGAUAAGGUCUAAUUACACAAAAACCCAAGAUGUUGUAAGUAGAGUAUCAGGAGUGAAUUUGAAAUGUUGAGUAAAAGAUUCUGUUUUCUGUGCUGCAGUGAUGAGAUUAAGAUUUAUCCUCUUCCUGAUGAUGGAUUGCUGAUUGCAAUCCGAAACAUUAUUUCAAAAAUAUACACAGUUUUUUCCAGAAACUCAUGCACAUGUUUUCAUGGACUGUGGAAAGCUCAAGCCUACUUAUUUGGCAUGAAUGUUUAUUGUUCAACCAAGUAGUUGCUUUAAUUCUUCUUUUUAGUCUAUGAAUAAUGAUUGGGAUGUUCUAAGAGCAUUUAUUUAAUUGUGGGCUCAGUUAUCGUAGCUUGGAGCACUGUAACAUGCAAGCUGCCUCUUUUUCCUCAAAUCAACACAUCACUCUAUUUAGAAAUGAUGAAUGUGGCAAAUAUUUGUGACA